UGAUUCUGUAACCAAACCAAACUUAAGGUUUGUAUCAGAACAUGAGGACUCAAGAUUGACCGACAGUUCAGCAACAAAACUGAGCUGCCUCUGAGUUCUUGAAAGAUUUCUCUCAACUUCAGUUCUUGAAGUUAUGAGUACUACUAUCAAGAAAGAUUAUUCUCUUCUUUAUCAUGGCGCAGCUGAUUCCAAAGAUGCAAACACAGCAUGCAUUGUUUCCGGAGUAAUUCAGAAUCAGAAACCACCUCGGUCUUCACUUAAAAAACAUCUGAGUUCACUGAAAUCUGCAUCUAACUCGACACCCAAACAGGCCGAAUCAAAGUGCACGUGGGUUCCCAAGGCCUCUUCCUCUCGUCGUGGAGUUUCACAAAAAAACAUAAAUUUGAUCAGCACAGACGCUGCACUGGAGGAUCUUGAAAAACCUUUGUCUGAACCAUUCAUUGAGUCAAAUUUAUCAUCGUCUUCGCCUUCAUAUAGUACUGCAACUCCACAUCCUCCAGAAUAUCCACUCAUAUCUGUUAACCCUGCUUCAUCUUUUGGUUUAUCUAAGUCAACAAACCGACAGACUAAAGCCAAGUGCAUCCAGCUCAGGAAGGAUGCUUCCACACAUGGUUUAGCUUCAGAGGAUCGCAAAUAUGUGAUCAAGAUGAACACUAUACUUGAAAAUUCUGAGAAUCCUGACUCAUCACCUACUUUUUCUCCAAAAUCUCCUCCAAUCUUCAAAAGAACUCAGAAGAACAAAACCAAGCACAUCUUAGUUAAGAAGCGCGCACUCCCUCUGUACAUAGUUCCCAAGCAUAUAAAAAAAUUGAUCAAGAGAGACAUUGUACCAAUAGUUCUCAGGAAGCCUUUGUCACCCUUGACAUACAAGGAUUACUUCGCUACGCUGCUCUAUGCUGAAGACUACUAUUUCGAGAAAUGGGAUGGAUUCGAAAUGCUAGAUGUAUCUAUGAGGAAUGUGAGUUUGGAGUUGCACAAGGCAGUGAUGCACCGAAGAAAAGGAAAAUCAAAAAGCUUAAGUAGAAGUGAAUUAAGCGAUGAUGAAGAUGUCAGAACUUUAGUACAAUUUGAAAUUGAUUCCAUUCCUGGGAAGAGGCCCUUCCUUUUAUCUAAAGACUUCGCCUACAUUCGACAAUCUGGCACAGAAGACACCCCAUUCAAGGGUAUCAUCUAUCGCGUUGAGAAGAGCAAGAACUUGUUUGUUGAGUUCGGGGUAGAAUUCUAUGAUCAGCACUACUCAGGAUGCAAAUAUGAUGUCAAAUUCUCAUUAAACAGAGUCUGUUUAAAACGGACUCACAACGCAAUUGAAGCUGCAUCAGAUGUGUUGUUCAAGAAUUUCCUUUUUCCUGACUGCAUUCCAAGUAGCAAAAAUAUCUCUCUGGAGGAGCUUUGGCCAUUUCAUCUCACACUUAAAGAGGACCAACUGCGCGCUGUACAUAGGAUUGUAAUGCAUCAAGGCCCGUCUCCUUAUCUCCUGGAAGGUCCGCUUUCUGUAACCAGGGCAAAAAAACAUACAAGAGACAGAGUCAUUAUUGCAGAAAAAUUGACAAGUACUGGAACCGUGAUUCAAGAAGCAGUACUUCAAUUAUGGAAGGCCUCUUCAGUAAACCGGAUACUAAUAUGCACAAAUUCAAAUAGCGCUUGUGACGCGCUCAUGAGUAGCUUGCAGAAGGAAAUCCCUGUAUCAGACAUUUUUCGGUCCAAUGCUGCAUUCAGAGAGCUGGAUGAGGUACCUGAUGACAUCCUACCUCAUUGCCCUUACGAGGAGAAAGACGAGCUUUUUUCUUGUCCUCAGCUUGCAGAGCUCGAAAAAUUCAGACUAAUCUUGUCAACUUUCCUGAGCACAUCACGGCUACAUAAUGAGGGUCUUAAGCCAGGGCACUUCAGUCACAUUUUUCUUGUGGAUGCCUCGUCUGCCAUCGAACCCGAGACUCUGGUGCCACUGGCCAAUCUAGCAAAUGAGGAGACUGUGAUUGUUGUCAGUGGUAAACCACAAAACUGUUCGAGAUGGGUUCGGUCCAGCAUUGCAAGAUAUAAUGGCUUGCAAAGAUCAUACUUUGAGAGACUUCGGAAUAGUGAAUUGUACGUGACCCUCAAUCCAGAAGUUAUAUCAGAGCUGGCCUGAACUGAGAGUUUGUGAAUAUGAAAGACAUAUUCAGUUGUUCUAUCUGUGUCUGUUUGCUUGUUCCAUAUCUUGGUUUUUGGUUUGAGCUUCUCUAUCAGAACCUUGUAAAUCUGUUUAAACGUUACAGUCUUUAUGAGUUUCUUUUUCUUUUUGAUAUUAAGAAGAUAAUUGGCAAUGGCUCUUAACUCAUAAGAGCAACUCCA